AUGAGCCAGCCGAAGGUUUUUAAGAAGAGGAGACCAGGUUCGAGAUACCACGGCGCAGUUCAGUCGCGUUACCAGCCAAAUUCGGGUCAGAAUGCGAACCAGAACCCAAACCAAAGCGCAAAUGGAGGAGAUGGCAGGUCUAAUGGCAUGCCCCAUGGGCCUAGAAGAGCCAGUCCAGGUCCACAUGUUGGGAAACGUGGAGGCAAGAUGAAAUACAGUGGUAGACCGGGUCCCAGAGGGUCCAGAUUUGAAGGUCAUGACGCAAUUCCUAGAGGACCAAGGUCCAUGGGACCGAAAUCAACGGACGCUGCAGUGCCAGCAAAACAGCCAGAGACGUUGCAACAAUCGCUCAUAUCGUUCACCAACAUCAAGUCUAGCUUCCAGCCGUUGGCACAGGUCGGAGAAGGUACGUAUGGGAAGGUGUAUAAGGCGGAAAACGUGCACACGGGCAAACUCAUAGCGUUGAAAAGGCUCAGAUUGGAACAGGAACGAGAUGGGUUCCCCAUCACAUCGAUACGAGAAAUCAAGCUUCUCCAGCAGCUUGACCACGCGAACAUCAGUCUCAUCAACGAGAUCAUCGUGUGCGAUAAGAACUCGAUCUCGAUGGGGUUCCAGUACAUGGAAAACGACUUGGCUGGGAUGUUGAUGGACAAGUCGAUCGAGUUCUCGCACGCAAAUAUUAAGCAUCUCAUGAAACAGUUGUUUGUGGGGCUCCAGUACUUGCACCAGCAACAGAUCGUGCACAGGGACAUCAAGGGCUCGAAUCUAUUGAUUGACAACAGGGGCAACCUAAAGAUUACCGAUUUUGGGCUCGCUAAGAAGCUCGUUGGCAAUACGACAAAUUCCAACACAAACAGAGUCAUCACGCUCUGGUACAGGCCGCCUGAGUUGUUGUUGGGCUGCACGGACUACAAAUACGAAGUGGACUGCUGGGGAUGCGGAUGUCUCUUGGUCGAGCUGUUCACUGGGUGUGCACUAUUCCCUGGCGCAAACGAGAUCGACCAGUUUAACAAGAUCAUCCAGGUAAUGGGCACUCCUUCGCUAGACCAGUGGCCCAAGAUGGUGGACAUGCCCUGGUGGUUCAUGCUCGUGCCGCAGCUCACCCAGAACUACGAAAACGUGUUUUUGGAUAAGUUCUCGAGCGAUGGUGUGCCGCAUGAUGCCCUCGAAUUGGCAUCCAAGUUGUUGCGUUACGACCAGGACACCAGGUUCACCGCACACGAGGCUUUAUCGCACCCGUACUUCUCCAACGACCCAAAACCCCAGCCGUUGCUCCUUGGCGAAGACUUCAAGGGCUCGCACGAGUACGAGGUUAAGAAGCUGAGAAGGAAAGAGAGACAAAAGGAAUCAUCAGUGACAAAUUGA